GCCAAGGCCUCCGGCUUUAAGAAGCCCUCGCUGGGAGCCGCGUCCCAGAGGAAGAAGGUGAGUCCCAAGCUGGAGCUCAGCGAGGAGCAGCAGCAGGAGAUCCGGGAGGCUUUCGACCUGUUCGACACGGACGGCAGCGGGAGCAUAGACGGGAAGGAGCUGAAGGUUGCCAUGAGAGCACUAGGGUUUGAACCUAAAAAAGAAGAGAUCAAGAAGAUGUUAUCAGAUAUCGAUAAAGAAGGAACUGGAAAAAUCAGCUUCAGUGACUUCUUGGUAGUGAUGACACAGAAAAUGGCUGAAAAAGAUUCCAAAGAGGAGAUUCUCAAAGCUUUCAAACUCUUUGAUGACGAUGAAACUGGCAAAAUCUCUUUCAAAAACCUCAAACGCGUCGCCAGAGAACUGGGAGAGAAUCUCACAGAUGAAGAGCUGCAGGAAAUGAUUGAUGAAGCAGACAGAGAUGGGGAUGGGGAAGUGAAUGAGCAAGAAUUCUUGCGGAUCAUGAAGAAGACCAGCCUUUACUGAAACAGAACUGUAUUUAUUUUUGCACUUGUAUAUAUACGUUUGGUAGGUGCCUCACUUUUUUACAGUCUUUGAUUUCUUCUGAGACAGCACAAAAUAUAGGUCAGUACUUUUUUCAAGUGGAUGAUCUUAAACUUGUGUUUGUGAACAGUUACCAAGUGCGAACGUGUUUACGUGUAGCAGCAUGGUUGCUAGUUUGUGCUCGGAAGAUGU